AUGUUUUGUUUUCCAUUCAGCUUUAUGCAUACUCUCCUGUGGCCCCCUCAUCCAAGUGAACAACCGUCUCCAAAGGGCGGCUUGGAUCGUGAGACGGUCACCAAAAUCCUUAGGCCUUUGUACCUUCUCUUUGCAACCUCUGAAGCGGCUGAGAUGCACCUGGAGACAGCACGCACAACGUUCUUAACCACCGAUACUACGGUCUAUAUCCCUGGAGAUAGCUCGGAAAUGGAACAGAUUCUGAAGCACUUUAAAGCCGCGCCGACAGGCGUGAAGCGUCCUGAAGGCUCGUUCUUCAGCAAGACCAUCUGUGGCAUGAUUCGAGGUAUCGGACAAUGCCAGAACAAAGUUAUCUACGGCAUAGUCUCGACUAUCCUGACCUGGUGCAUCUUCGCAUGUAUUCUGGGUAUCACCUUCAUGGCAACCUCAAGCUACGUUCAUAAUGACCCCCCUACCCAACCAGUCACGCAAGGCCAUCCCAUAUCCACCUAUCAAGACCUGAUGGUCCGUGCAAUGAGGAACGCUGGUAUACGCUAUGCUGGAAUUCGUCCCUUCCCAGAUGAUUUUAACGGUGAGGGUGUACUGGAGCAGUACCAGAUCCUAGGAUUGAAGACACCCACAACUGGACUCACUUUCCGCGAGGUUUACGUGACACACUAUCGCACCCAAGAAAUAUUUGUCCGGCGUCCGACGCCGGGUAAAACCCUUUGGCCAGGCAGAGAGGUUGCCAUCCCUCAAUGUGACAUGCACAAUGUUAGCUACGCCAAGAAGAAGAGGGCGGAGGUGAAUACAGAAGGUCAGGGCGCUAUCAUGAGUGCUUUUGUUGAUUCAUGGGGUCGUUUGGACGAGAACAGUACCAUAAUGUUUCACGAACCUGGGGUCUCGACCAAGCAUGUUGAGUUUUACUUUGACGUUGCUGCGGAGUGA